CUCUUCUGAGAGCGACAGAAAUGAGUUCCUCCAUGGUCGCUAUGGAUGCUCCGAUGAGUUCCUCCCUGGGUGCCAUGGGCCCUCUUCUCCGGAAGCUCCACCUACUACUGGCUCCCGAGUACCGUCUACCACAUGCACUGAAGGUGGGAAUCGAUUUACUCAAGGAAGAUCUGGAAGAUAUAGGUAUCGAUCUCGUGAAUCAAUCAGUGGUUGAUUUCCCCAACAAGAUGGCGAAAUACUGGAUGGAUGAGGUCCGUGAACUGUCCUACGAAAUCGAGGACUGCAUCGACAAUAUGAUGGCGAGGCACAUCGGCGCCGGUACCAAGAUCAGAUCCGUCAACGGUCACAAGGUUCGUCGUGUAAAGAUUGCUCGUCUUUCCAAGACGAGGAAGCCGUGCACAAGGAUUUCCAUGAUCGCCCGAUUCAGGACCCUGGUGUGGGAGGCGAGUCAACGGCAUGAAAGGUAUCAGCUGGGUGGCUGUAUCCCGGUUUCUAGCAAUGCCUUCACCCAUCAACCUUGGAUUUCAACGCCCUGCCAUGGAUUGGCUGCCAACUACCUCGUUGGUAUCGACGACUCCAAGAUGAAGCUUAUCCAAUUGCUUACUAAUGAAGCGGACCACGAGCUCAAAGUGGUUCCAAUUGUAGGACCUGCAGGAGUUGGCAAGACCACACUUGCUAAAGAACUAUACCGUGAUUUUGGACGACACUAUGAGUGUCGGGCUUUUGUGAGGGUAUCAAGGAAACCUGACAUGAUCAAGCUUUUUCGGGGCUUGCUCUCUCAAGUCCAGAGGCACGAACAACACUCUGAUGUCUGCACGGUGCAAGACCUCAUUGACAUUCUCAGGGACCAUCUCCAAGAUAAAAGGUAUCUUAUUGUCAUUGAUGAUUUAUGGGAAACAUCAACAUGGGAUAUUGUUAACGGUGCUCUUCCAGAGAGCUAUAACUGGAGCAGAAUAGUUGCAACCGUAGAAAAUAGGGAUGUAGCUUUGGAAUGUUGUGGCAAUAAAUUGGAUAAUAUAUUAAAAAUGAAACCUCUUGGCAUCCAUGACUCUGGAAAAUUGUUAUUCAAUAGAGUUUCCUGUUCUGAACCUCUGUCUCUCGAUUUAUUUAUCAAGGCCUUGUAUUGGGUUAUUGAAAUUUGUGGUGGUUUGCCACUAGCAGUCAUCAGUGUAGCCAGUGUAUUAUCAAGACAACCAUGGAACUCAGAACUGUGGCACCAAGUACAGAAAUAUUUAUGCUCCAUUUGGAAUGUAAAUCCUAGUUUGGAAGAUAUGCAGAAAGAAAUACUAAACCUUACUUACAUUAGUCUUCCUCAUCACCUGAAGACGUGUCUUCUGUAUCUUAGCGUUUACCCUGAGGGAUACACAAUUUGGAAGGUUGAUUUGGUGAAGCAAUGGAUAGCUGAAGGUUUUAUUAGUGCAACAGAAGGAAAAGACGCAUAUGAAGUUGCAGAGAGUUAUUUUUAUGAGCUUUUCAACAUGGGGAUGAUCCAACCAAUAAAAAUUAACCACAAGGAUAAGGUGUUAUCUUGCACAGUACACCACAUUGUGCUUGAUCUUAUUAUUCAGAAGUCCAAAGAGGAGAAUUUUGUCACUACAGUUACUUACUCUCAGACCAUUACCGCUACCAAGGCCUAUCGACUGUCCCUACACUUCACCAAAUCCAAACUUGCAAAGGAACCAGAAUGUAUAACAUUGUCAAAUGUUCGAACAGUCGCAUUCUUUGGACUUGUUAAGUGUAUGCCUUCUAUUGGGGAAUUUAAGCUUCUCCGAGUUGUAAACCUUGAAUUUUGGGGCAAUCAUGAUGAGCACAUAAGUUUCAACCUCUCUAGAAUUUCCCAAUUGCUUCAGCUGAGAUAUUUUAAGAUUUCAAGUGAUAAUACUGUAGAAUUGCCAGGUCAGAUGCGAGGGCUGCAGCUCCUGGAAACGCUUGAGAUAAAUGCAAGGAUAUCUGCUGUACCAUUGGAUAUUGUUCAUCUCCCAAGCUUAUUGCAUCUACGUCUUCGAGAUGAGAAAAUUCUACCUGAUGGGAUAGGCUGCCUCACAUCUCUACGCAGACUAGAGUAUUUUGACCUGAGCAGUAACUCUGAAGACAGUGUACGGAGCCUUUGCGAGCUGACGAACCUCCAGGAUCUGCAUCUUGUGUGUUCUUCAGCGUCAUCUGAUGGACGUCUGACGAGAAACCUGGUAGCUCUGGCCUAUUCUCUUGGGAAACUUGGUAAUCUGAAAUAUCUGACACUGACUCCCGGGACUUUCAGAACAACCGUAUUGUUUGAUGGCUCGAGCAUUGUCGUCUUUCCUCCUGUCUUUCUUCAAAGACUUGAGUUGUUGCCGCCCAUUUGCAUCUUCCCCAGACUCCCGGUGUGGAUUGGGCACCUCCGCAAACUCUGCCAUUUGAAAGUUGUUGUUAGAGAAUUACUGACGAAGGACAUUGAUAUGCUCACCGGAUUGCCUGCUCUUACUAUUCUCUCAUUAUAUGUCCGGAAACCCACUGCAGAAGUUAUUGUAUUUAACCGUGCCUCAUUCCCAGUUCUGGAGUGUUUCAAAUUCCGGUGUGGUAUACUAUGCCUUGCCUUUCAUGAAGAAGCAUUACCUUAUCUUCAGAGGCUGAAGGUAGGAUUCAAUGCCCACCGAGGAGAGCAGUUUGGCCAUAUGCUUACUGGAGUUGAACACCUGUUAAGACUGAAGGUGAUCGAUGGACGAAUUGGGGCAAACGCUGGUACAGGGGAAUCAGACAGACGGGCUGCAGAAUCUGUGUUCAAGGACACCAUUAGCAAGGAUGCAAGGUGUCUUAGCUUCAACAUGGAAAUGGCGGAUUGUGAUGGCGAAGAGAUUCCCGAAGCAAGCUCUGCAUUUAGCCUGAUGUCUGGUAGUGAAUCCUCAUCGGACCUGAGAAAGCAAAACGUGAACCAAAAAUACUGUCGGUACCCAGGCUGUAAAACGGGAGUGACGGGAAGGGCCACCUUCUGCAAGAGCCAUGGCGGAGACAGGUGCGGAAUUUUCUGGUGUACAAAGAGUUCAGAAGGGCGCAGAGACUUCUGCGUGACUCAUGGUGGCCGUCUCAACUGCAGUCAUGAAGGUUGUUCAAGUUUAGCCCGUGGAAAGUCUACCCUAUGCACCAGGCAUGGAGGCGGUAAGAGGUGCUUGCAAGAGAACUGCUCGAAAGGGGCAGCAGGUAAUUCUGGCUUGUGCAUCAAGCAUGGAGGUGGAAGGCGCUGUAUUUUUCUAGGAUGCGCUAAAGGUGCACUUGGAGGCACACCGUUCUGCAAGGCGCAUGGUGGUGGGAAGAGGUGUACUGUUUCUGGUUGCAGCAAGAGUGCGCAUGGUGGGACUGGUUUUUGCGUGGGUCAUGGUGGUGGUUUCCGCUGCAUUCAUGAAGGUUGUUCACGUACUGCCCGUGGAAAGUCUGGCCUAUGCGCCAGGCAUGGAAUCCGAAAGAGUUGUCAGUUUGAGGAAUGUAAACGUAGUGCGAAGGGAAGCUCAAUGCUCUGCAAGGCACAUGCUGGUGGGAAGUGUGCUGUUCCUGGUUGCACCGAGAGUAGUGCUGCUAGAGGGCGGACAGCCUACUGCGUUGCCCAUGGAGACCUCAAUAGAUGCAUGUUUGCGAGCUGCAUGAGGAGUGCGGAUUGCAGCACUGAUUUCUGCACGGAACAUGAUGAACCUAAGCGCUGCAGAUGGGGCAGGGUGGCGAACCUUCUUGCUGGUGGUGGUGGGCAGCAUCAGCAGUGCGAUCGAUUAGCCGAGAGCCAGAUAGGUCUCUGUGCAGCUCACAGUGCUGGCCACUCUGUUUUUGGCGGUGGUGCAUCGGACCCUGUUUUAGGGCAUCAGUUUGCAUCAGAUGUCAGACCCGACGAGAUAGUAGACGCUGCCCAACCCAAGGGAGAUCAAGAAACCAAGGCGACGGAGACGUUCAUCGAGGACGAAGAUUGUUGA